AUGCCAUCUUUAAUGUCACUUUUAUUAAGAUUUUAUUACGAUCCAGAUGCUCAAGGUCGUACCAUGUCUAUUGAUAACCAGAACUGUUGCCCCAAUACUCGUGAACGUUUAAUUCGUAAUGGAAAGAAGUACAAGCUUAGGAUGUACCCCAAGUUCCAGCCUAAGCUUUCUGCUGCUAAAUCUGUAGCUAUUGGUGGUAAAUCUCUUUCACCUUGGAUUGAUGCUGCCUAUUUUACCCAUGGUGCUUCUCCAGCUUCUUCUAUGAAUGGUAUCAUCUAUACCCUUAAAGGUUCUCCUAAUACCUUUGUUGAAGGGUACUACAGUGUUGGGCUUUCUUGGAAAGGUCGUAGAGAUGGCCAGAUCUAUACAGCUAAAGAUGAUCUUUAUUCUGCUGCUACUCCUGAAGGUUUUGAAGUUUUAGAGGGCUAUGACACUGUCAAUUAG